AUGGUUCCGCAUAAUACCCUGAAGUCGUCCGUAGCACGCACUACCGCCUUCCGCACCGGCGUUGCCAGAUAUAAGCGAUCUUCUUUGCAUUAUUGGGGUUUACUCCCGUCGGCACGCUCCCUAUCGUCAACCACCAGGCAGCCCGAUGUUCGUAUCAUCGAGGUCGCCCCGAGGGACGGUUUGCAAAAUCUCAAACAGUUGGUACCCCUUGGGGUCAAGGUCGAACUGAUCCAGCGACUUGCGGAGACUGGCUUGAAAGACAUUGAGGCGACCUCGUUUGUAUCGCCGAAAUGGGUCCCUCAACUUGCCGACGGCCACGAAGUCAUGCAAGAGUCGCUUCGCUUCUCGAAGUCGCAGCCAGGCAUGGGUAGCCUCCGCUUCCCCGUGCUGGCCCCAAAUGCAAAGGGGUUGCAAAGGGCACACGCCGCCGGCGUCAAAGAGAUCGUGGUGUUCUGCUCUGCCACCGAGGCGUUUAGCAAAUCCAACCAAAACUGCACCAUCGAUGAAGCCAUCGCCCAGGCCAGAGCGGUUACAAAGGAUGCUCUUGCACUCGGAAUCAUGGUUCGCGGGGUUGUAUCUUGCAUAUUUUCCGACCCAUUCACCGGUCCGACUGCACCUAGCGAGGUCCUGCGGAGGGUACAACAGUUCAUCGACAUGGGCUGCUACGAAGUCGGACUCGGGGACACUCUGGGUGUCGGUACUCCCAAAGACACGCAGACGCUGCUCGAGGUCCUCCUCCGCGACAUUCCCGCCGACAAGCUUGCUGGUCAUUUCCAUGAUACCUACGGCCAGGGCGUUGGAAACGUAUAUCGCGCUUAUGAAAUGGGCCUCAGAGUGUUCGACAGCAGCGUUGCCGGCCUCGGUGGAUGCCCUUAUGCCCCGGGGGCCAAAGGCAACGUUUCUACCGAGGAUGUUGUCUACACGCUUGAAAAGGCUGGCAUCAAUACCGGUGUAGACCUGGACAAGCUCGUCAAAGUCGGCCAGUGGAUCUCCGAGCAGCUUGGUAUCCCUUACGGCAGCAGGGUGGGCGCGGCUCUGGCUUCCAAGUCGCGCCAGCCGUCUACCGGCUCUUCCCAGCCUGCCAAGAAGGAGGCAGUGGCACCCAAGAGAAAAUGGGAGGUGGUCAAGGACACUGGGGAGUAUCGAGUCUCGCGCUCAGGUGCAGUGCUAAAGGUCACACUGACUCGGCCGAAGAACGGAAAUGCCAUGACCGACGCCAUGCUUGAGAGUCUGACCGAGUUGUUCAAGAACCUACACAAAGACCCCUCAGUAUUCCAUGUGGUUCUUGAAGCGGAGGGCAAGUUCUUUUGUACCGGGAUGGACCUCAGCGGCAACAGCGAACUUAGCGACAUGUCUCGGGAAUACAACUAUUAUGAGAAGGUCGCGGGCCUCUUUGAGGCCGUCGACCGGGUUCCUCAGACCACCAUCGCCCUCAUCAACGGGCCGUGCUAUGGAGGUGGAGUCGGCCUGGGCUUCGCCUGCGACGUGCGCAUCGUGUCUCCUAAAGCCCGCUGGACCCUGAGCGAGGUCAAGAUCGGCGUCAGCCCGGCUGUCAUCUCCAAGUUCCUCGUACGGGAGUGGGGUUCGUCCAUGGCGCGUGAGGGCAUGCUUUCGGGGAGAGAGAUCACCCCGACGGAGCUGUGGAGGAUUGGGGCGGUCCACCAAAUCGUCGCCGAGGGCGAAACACUCGAGUCUCGCCUCGAGAGUUAUCUGUCACAGUUGGAGAGGGCCGCUCCGCGCGCCGCAGCGGUCAACAAGGAGCUUUCUAGGCGUGCUUGGCUCCAGCCGGAGAGCAAGGCCCAGACCGACCUUGUCCAGAAGGCCUUCCAUGCCAUGGUGGCCAAGGGCGGCGAAGGCGAGCACGGCAUUGAGCAGUUGUUCCGCAACAAGAAUAAGCUUUUCUCUUGGCAGGAUUUCUGGGCCCGUCGAAACCCUUUUGCAAACCCGAUAUACCAGGAGCCCCGUGAGUGA